CCGCUCCCUUAUCUCGCGACAGCUCGUCUCGUCCAAAAUGGAUGCGUAGACUCAUAAUAGAAGCGUAAUAUUUGUUGUUAAAAGAGAGUAUACCCUGGAGAAGCUGUCAGACCUCCUGGCUGUUGAAGCCCAGUCCGCAAGUGGGGUUUCCUUACCAGGAGCCCUGGCGUCUGCGGGCACCAACAUGUCCGUGUUACCAAAGGAGGAGCAGGGAGCACCGGUCUCCUGCAGUGCCAUGGAAGGAAAAGGGAUGCAUUGCUCUUUUUCCGGCUGCAAGCAAGUUUUUUGGGACAUGCAAGAACUAAUGAGGCACACGGGAAGCCACUACAUCACAACACAGUCCUUGCAGGGUAAACUGUUCCAUUGCUCCACUCUGAGGUGCACAGGGACCUUUCCCAGCAUGCAACAGCUCAUGGAUCAUAUGCGUCAACAUUACAAACCCAAUCGCUACUUCAUAUGUGAAAACUGCAAGGUGCAUUUACGCACGCACCGGGCCCUUUUCAAGCAUCUCCACGUCUGCUCCAAGGUUGUCAAAAACAAAGCAGCUCACAAGCUGGAGAAGCCUAAACCAGGCACUCCGCCGGCCACAGAGCUCCCCAAACCGCAGGUCAAACGAACCACCCCCGAGCUGCCCAAACUGCAGAGUGUCAUCCGGCACCUUGAGAAGCUGGUGCCCUCGAGCCUGGCUUCAGCUCCCUCCCAGCCCCUGCCCUCCCAGGCUGCGCCCUCCCUCCCCAGCAGCCUGCCCAGUGUCCAGAGCUCUCUCAACUCUGUACCCCUGGUCUCUCCCAGUCCGCACCCCUUCCAGCUGACCGAACCCUCCCAGUUCGGACCCUCACCCCUGCGCUUUGCUGGCCAGUCGCACGACUCCUCCAUGCCUGGCCAUUUCCUGCCCUAUGUGCACCCCACUUCCUACUCCUUGCCCCAGUCUGUCGUACAGCAGCGCCUCGGGCCGUACGUUCCCAACCAAGCCGGGCUUCCGGCCUCCAACGCUGUGUGGAAGAAAAACCAAGGCCAGUCUUUCAACAGUCGCAUUGUGUGGGAGCACACUAGAGGGCGUUAUAACUGCCUACAGUGCUCGCACUCCACCCCAUCCCGCGAGGAGAUGACACUGCACAUCGAGGAGCAGCACAAGAGUCCUGUCAACCGGAUGCAGGGAGACAUGGAUUUUGACGUCGGACUCCCGUCCUUCCACUCGAAAUUGACGUCAGAAAUGGAGAGCUCCCUCUUUUCACAUCUCUGAUGUUUUUUUUUACUGGGUGGGUGGGUUUGUGGGGUUUGAUGUAAAAAUGGUGAGGAGAUUUACAGAGGAUGAUCUGGUUUGUCAACUCCAUUCCUCUGGUAUCUUUUAAUUCGUCUGGUAUCGUUUUGUUUUUUUGUGUUUUAAAUCAAUUAUUAUUUUUAUCCCGGUUCACCGCUGCAACUCCUGCACCGGGAAGCGGCUGCAGACACACGUGUCCUGCCAAGCCAUCUUUUUUUCCAUGGGAAACAUACAGGAUCUGACCAUUUUCCGUUAACUUCACAGUCUAAAAGAAAAAAUGUGCUUUGAUCUGCAGCUAUAAAUCACUCCCCCAGAAACAAGCGAGUCACCAUUUUGGUUCCUUGUUAAUUCUGGAGAAGGGAAUCAGAAAUAUCAGAAUUACCUGUAUAACCUUUCACUUCUUCAGUGAAGCAGUAAUGAUACAUCCUGGCACCGUGCCAGGCUGUUCUGUAGCUGCAUAUGUGGCAUUGAAUCACUGCACUGAAUGUGCUAAACUUACUCCAGACACCUGAAACAUUGGCGUGAGCAGAUCAAAGUUGGACUUCGUGUGUGUUUUGUUUGUCCUGUAGUGCAGACUGUAUGCAGUAAAGUCCUAUACUGAAAUGUAAGAAUUCAAUUUUGAGCCGGUCUAAAUCUGUGGAGAAACAGCCUCUAUCUUCAAAGGAAAUCACAAGGGGGAAAUAUAUAUCACAGAGCUUUUAUAAUGUCUGGAACAAGGUUAGGUUACUUUCACGCUAAUAGUGUGAUAAAAGCAGUUACAUGUUGUGGCUGUGUAAGGCUUUUUUUUAUUAUUUCAGAACAGUUCAAGUGAAAAUAAGAAUGACUUCAAAUUAAAAAAAAAAUAAACUUUACAGUAUGUAUUUUACUGUAUAAUUGGAGUGUGCAUUUCCUCCUUGUUUAAUUUCUGCAGUGUUUUGAUCUAGAUUCUCCAAAUCUCUUGAGAUCUCUCUGCUUGCAGUGUUGCAGUUUGUGGUUCACAAUCCUGUAGAGUCUAAUGACACCCUGUUUGCAAAGUGUAAACUGCUGGUGUUGCCUGUUGCGUGGCCAGACAAGAGAAAUAAAUUCACCAAGAAAACUUCAAACGGAAACCAAGAAAAAGCAGCUGCCAAUCUGGCCCAAACUUCUAAUCCAGUCAAGUUUUAGGAACUCUUGUUUCUAGCCCUGCAGCCAAAGAGCUUGCAGAAAACCCAGUCGUGGGUCUCGCACUUCAGUCAUGCCCAUACCCAGUAUUCAAAACCCCACUUUGCAUUCUUUCUAUGAAGUAGGCUUCUGUUGGAGGGAAGGGGAGGCGCUGGCUACAGGGAGGCCACUUUAAAUUUAUAUAGAAUAUUGUGUUGUUUUUAUAAGAAAUGCGCUGGUUACAUGCGACAUGUUUGUUUUUACUGUUAUCUGUUUUCCACCAAAUCGAGGCUACAAGUACCAACAGUAAGCAACAAACAUGUUUAUAACAGAAUCACAGUGUUCUGUGUCUCUGUAAGCGCCCCAAGUUAAUUUAAUGUCACUUUCUCUUCUGUGUAUCAACAAGCUGUAUCUUUAUAAUAAACAGUUUCUUGAAGGUUGUUGACUAAAAGAAAAGUUGUAUGUUUUUGAACCAGUAGCAUAAGCAUACCGGGGACUUGAAUAAUGUAUUAAAAUUGGGGCGGGGAACAAUAGGUGAACGAAAAAGUUUCUUCACUAGUAAUUAACAAUAGAUUUUAAAACGAGCACAUGUUUUGUCUGGACUGCGGAUUACGCUAUUGAAUCCACUAGAGGGCGCUUAAUUCGCUUUUGUGAAUAACAGAUAAUCAGCUACGCUACUUUGUAGGAGUCAUUGAUUAAGAGUGUUUGUGUUUAGUUGGGUUUUCAGUAUCGCCCUUUGUGUUACGUUCUGUUAUCUUUUGCUGGUGCACUAUUCACGAUACCCGUGCAUGUCCUCUGCUAAAAUAAACAAUGAUAUGCUCUACUCAU